GCAUCUUCCAAUAUCUGAAAAAAAAUCCAUGUGCUCAAGCGAUAAAAAGCCUAGAGAAGUCCUAGAAAUAGUCUAAUUUUGCCAUAUUCUUAACCAACAAAAUACCCUAGCAACGACAUAGAUAUGCUUAGCAACGGCUACUUUUACUCUAUAAUAGUUGGUACUCAAAUUAAAAAUAAAUAUAAAAUACAUUUUUAUAACAAAACUGUAUAAACUGUACAAAAGUGCUUGAUAAAAAUUAUUUUUUAAGCUUUUUUAAUGUAACAAAAUGCGCAACAAUAGGUUCAAAGAAUGCGAUGGCAAAAGUGUAAUAACCAAAGUAAGGAAGUGACAUUAAAGAUACUUUUUUUAAUGACUGUAAUGAUUGCUACACAAGCAAUACCCUUUGGGCAGUCAUUUGUAAUACUUUCUUUAGACAAUUAUUAAUGAUUGCAAGACUAUUUCCUUGGAGACACAUUCUUCUCGAAGAAUUAGCACAUGAAUUUAAUAAAUAGCCAUAGCAUGAGAUGAGAAACUACGAAAUAAAGUUUUUUUGUUUUGUUAUCUUUUGUUUAUUCAAUAAAAAAUAAUAAAAUAAAAAAUAAAAGUUAAAUACAAAAUGUCAGAGAGCAACAAUAUAGUCAGUCUCUAUGAAAAAUGCGUGUAUUUUGAUAAAGGACAGACUUCUUGUGGCCCUUUUAAGCGUUAGAAACAACAUGGGAUCUUUCAAAUUAAUGAAUUAACUGCUGACAUUACAAGUACUAAAGGUAUAAUUUAUCAAUUAAUAUAUAUAUUUUUAAUUAUAAGCAACAAUACCUCCAACAAAUAGAUGACAAAUUUAACAUUACUAUUUUAUAGUUACCGCAGACAAACCAGUAUAAUGAAAAAACUCUAAUUGAAAGUCGAUUACAAACUUAUCUUUCAUGCGACGACUGGUUAUGUGCAUACCACCGUUUUUCUUUUGGUAUUGGAUGGAAGCCGCCAAACAGAUGUCAAUACCCAAGUCAUAUAUUUCAAGUUGGUAAAAAAGCACCAAAAAUUAGAUUCAUACCUUUGAAUACCCUUGCUACUUAUAAUAAAAGUAAUUCAUCGCUACCUAUUGGAGCCGUAUUUUGCUUCAAGCACCUAAAAACUAUAUCUAUAGAUAAUAUUAUUGACAUGAUAGAACCAAUUCCAACAGUAAAGUCUAGUUCUUAUGUUGAUAAAGUUUAUGUUCCAGAUUUAGCAAUCAUUUCAGAUAAGACCAUCGAAGAAUCAAAAUUAAAAGCUAAUUCUUUGUGUGAAGCACUAGGAGCAAGUCCACUGUCUUUUCACAUAACGCAAAAGCGAAUAGAAGACUUAACACAAGGAACUAAACAGAAAGUUAAAAAAAAAUUUGCGAAAUGUAAAGUGCAGUUCGAGAAGAUAUUUGCUGAAGCAAUUGCACCUGGUCAAUCAGAAGCACUUAUAACCCAAGUAUUAAACAGUAAAGAUAAAAAUGUUGCAACUGAAAUGGUUCCAGAAGACCUAAUUGUACAAGUUAAGAUGUUCCAAGAAAGCGAUUCUUCAGGAAAAAUUCUUUUGCUUUCAGUUGUAAAUCAUAAUAAGUACACUAAAGAGACAUUAAUGAAAGUCUUUGAUUGCAAAAAACAUCAAAUAGAAAAAGGACGCAAGUUGCAGAAAGAAAACAUUGGACUUUCUAUACCAAAGAAGGGUAAGGUAAAAAUAUGCCGAAUGCCUCAAGAAAAAAUUGAACAUUUUUUGGAAUUUUUAUUUUCUCGAGGUCUGCUUCAAGAUGUAGCAUAUGGUAUAAAUAAAAUAAAGUUUGACAACGGAGAGAAACAAAAAGUGGCUAAUGCCAUUUUGAUGAUGAAGUUUAGCCAUACAAUCACAUUUUAUAAAGAAAUUUGCCUAGAAACUAAUUAUGUCCCUAUGUCAGAGUUCUUUAUGGAGAAUUCUUUGUGGAAUAAAACCUUCUCAAAGGAAAUCUUUAGCUGGUCUUGAUGAUGUUACAGCAGCUGGCAUGAACGGUUUCCAAACAUUAAUUGCCAUUUCUGAGAAGUGGAAAUAUAAAAAUGUUACUAAGUUUCUUAAAAAAGGUAAAAGGUAUCUGAAGAGUAAUUAUCCUUCCAAAUGUAGUGAAAAUUCAACUUUGCAUAGUCACUCAACUUCAUUUGCCCUUUCGGAUAUAGAUCCGGACUUAAACCAAUCAAACAUAACCGAUGAACAAUGCAUUGACUGUACUGACCUCAUUUCAGUAAUCAAUCAGGUUCGUGAGUUGGUUAUACAAAGUGAAGAUGAAGAUCUACUAUAUGAUUUAAAUGUGGCUACAAAAGAUGUUGAAGCCUAUAUGAAACAUCAAAUUCGUGAUGCGCAGCAAAAAAUGGCCAAAAUAAUGGCUUUUGAGCAACUUGAUGAGGAAACAGGAUUUUGGCUAAAAGAUUUUUGUCAAAAAAUAUUGCCCGCUAAAUUCCGUGAAGGCCAAAAAGAAUAUUUUGGGAAAAAAGUAAUGACUCUACAUGUUGAUGUCUUCUUCUUCUAUGAAAAUGAUCGAAUGAAAAAAAAAGUGUAUUUUACUGCUGUAUAUAGAUGUGAGCAAAGCCUUGUUGAUGUACUCUGUCUCGCUGAUGUUGUUUUGGCCAAAGUUAAAAAUGAUUUUCCUUAUUUAAAGAAUCUUUAUGCUAAGUCAGAUAAUGCAUCAUCUUAUCAUGGAAACUUCUACUUAGAAGCCCUUUACAAUGUUUGCAAAGCAAAACAAUUUUUCCUUAAAAGGUAUGAUUACAACGAGCCUUCGCGUGGAAAAGAUCAAUGUGAUAGAGAGUCAGCAGGAGCGAAAUGUGUCAUUAGGAGUUUUGUUGACGCAGGAAACAAUUUAUUGACUGCAGAAGAUCUUUAUGAGGCUCUUCAUAAUGGUAAAGGAAUUCAAAACGCUGAUGUUGCUGUAGUUAUAAUAAAUUCCAAAGCCUCUAUUUUAUCAGGAUCAAAUCUGAUUCCCAACAUAAGCAGUUAUCAUUCUUUUCAGUUUUUCCCUGAUCACAUGAUAAUGUGGAGAUACUUCCGAAUUGGUAAAGGUAAAAAAUGGAACUAUACAAAUGUGACAUUCCAUACUUCAGUUGAAAUUGUUAAGCUCUUUAGUUCGACUUGCAAAAUUUAUACUGCCCCAAAAAUUUCCAAAAAACCACGUGUUGAUAGAAGAGUUAACACUUUAAAGUUUUGUACACAAUUUGGUUGCACUGAUUCAUUUUUUGACAAUGAAUCAUUAGAAGUACACUUGUUAUCAGAAAACCACAAUUUUCAAUCUGUGAAGAAAUCAAUGGUAGACAGAGCAAAACUAUCUUAUAUCAACAAAAUGAAAAUUUCAAACCUAAAUUCUUAUGAUUAUCUGCCGUCAUCCCAAUCUGUCAUUAAAGUGAUUGAAAACUUCACAGACAUCACUGGGUGGGCAUUACCAAAAAGAAAAGUGUUCAGAUAUUCUUCAAAGCAGAAAACAUUGUUAAUGCAGAUGUUUAUGUCUGGAGAAGAACAAGGGAAAAAAAAUGAGCCCAGAGCAGGUUCACCAGCAGCUGAGGACAAAGUUAAAGCCAAGUGAAUAUGUGACAACUCAACAAAUUCGAUCAUUAUUCUCUAGAUGGAGUAAACAAAAAAGAGAAGGAAAGCUAGUUACCAUUUUUUGUGAAGAUGCUAAUCUAACUGAUGACAUGAUUGAUCUGACUGAUGAUGCGAGACAUACAAGUCAAAAUAAAGAUGAUGAUUUAAACAACGAUAUUCAGCUCAUAGCAAAGGAGUUAGCAGCUGAUUUUCAAAUCGGUGAUGGGGUUGCUAUUGAAUAUAUUGAAUAAUAUGCUGUGGUAUCCUGCAAUAAUUCAAAGUGUAAGACGUUAUAACAUCAAAAUAUUUAAUUUUUGAGUAUUAGAUCUUUUUUAUUAAGUUAUAUAAUUGUUAAUUUAUUAACCACAACAUUUAAAUGUAAGAUAUAUUUAGAAAGCACCAAUGAUUAGACGUUGUUUUACUUUUAACUUAACCCUGUAGGUCAAUCGUGACAAUGUUCAUGUUUCUUGUAUGGAAUAUUCUACUACACCUGGAAAAAACUGUUUCAAGUGACCAACCAAGGAAAAUACUCUCAAAUAUUUAUAUCGUUAUUUGACGUUAUUAUGACGUUAUUUGUAAGAUUGAUGCACCAACACCAACUAAUCAAAGAGGGGACUAUUCUCUCUCAAUAGACGAUAUGUAUAACAUAGAAAUUCAGAUUGACAGAUAAACUUCUUUAAAACUUUAUUUGGUUUGCUUUCUUGAACAAGUUGUAUUUGAAAAAACGUUUAUCCGAAAUUUACAUAAUUGUUUUAACAAUGAUAUAAACACUUCAAAGUGUGUGAUGUUUAGAUCUUUUUCUCAUUAAAGAAGCUUAGAAAAUAACUUUUAUCAAGCUCUUUUAUACAGUUUUUUGUUAUAAAAAUGUAUUUUUUAUUUAUUUUUAA